GAAUGCUUCUAUAUUUCUUCUGAUUUACUCUCACAAAUUUUUGGCAAGAAAUUCCAGAAAUGUAUUCUCCAAAAAUGUGUUUACAAAAUUAUCGCUUUUCUUUUCCAAGAAUUAAUCUUGAAUGUUAGUAGACAAUGAGAGAAAACGCUAGUGUGACAAUGAAUUUCGGAUCAAGUUUUAGUUUUACUUUUCUCAAUUACAAAAUGAUAAGAGAUGAUUUGACGAAAAAUUGGUAUUAAGAUUUGUGUACAGCAAAUCCAAUAUUUAAGUGUAAAACAUACCCAAGAAUUAUUUUACUUAGCGAUUCAAACUACUAAUAAUUGCAAUGAUAGUAAAAUGUAAUUGCAUUUUGAAAAAAUUAAUCUGCUUCUUCGUUAGAAUCCAUCAAAAAAUGCUGUCGAAGAUGUGGAUGAUAUCCAGUGAGCUUAAGAUCGUCCGGACGCCGCUCAUACGUCGCUUCUCGUUGAGAUUUGCAAACAUGCCAAGCUAAAUCGUCUAAAUAUUUUGGCUACUGCAGGCUCCAUCAUCAAAACUGUUCCGUACAUCUGGCUGCAUCACGUACGUCAGUUCCGCUUCGCUCUUGAAAAGCAUUGAUCGCUGUCAAAUUGUUCCGACGUGUAUUCCUUGUAUCUUUUCGAGUUUUUUAGAAUGUCAAAUUUUAACAGCAUGGAUGGCAAAGAUAACUGUAAGUCUUUUUGCCGAUCAAGCUUUUCGAUAAAGAUGCAAAAUAGUCUAAGAAAAAUGAGAAAAAGCAUUCAAAAAAUUACUGAGAGUAUUCAGGAAGAGGAUAAGCAUUCGAUGUACAUCUUCCCUGAGCAACUGUCAAUUCUAACUUGGCGCACCGGCUUCUCCAAAAAUGAGAUUCGCAGAUUGUAUCGCGCCUUCAAACAGUUAUGUCCCAGGGGAUGUGUGAUGACUGGCGAUUUGAUGUCCGCGUACACUAAGUUGUUCCCGCUAGGAGAUUCGGCCAGAUACGCGCAGAUCCUGUUCAAUAGUUUCGAUAGGGAUGGUGAUGGUAUUGUUAGCUUCAGCGAUCUUCUCGGAGCUAUGACAUUGAUCAUCAAUGGUAACGUGGACCAAAAACUCUCCUGGAUAUUCAGGUUGUACGAUCAAAAUGGGGACGGUUGCAUCACGAGACGAGAGAUGCUGAUCAUAAUAUCCGCGAUUUACGAGAUGGCGCAGGACGCGCAAAUUAUUCAGCAUGUAGUAGAUAGCCAAGUGGACAGAUUUUUUGAAAAGAUGGACGCAAAUAAAGAUGGUGUGGUCUCCAGAGAAGAAUUUAUGAGCGGUUGCAAAAAUGAUACUAUUAUAUACAACCAGUUAUUUUCAUUUAAUAAAAUUUGGUGA